UAUCUGGCGAGGCACAACGACUCUUCUUCAGUGGCGCCAUUCUACGAGUCCAAUAUUAAGAUGGAGCAUCUCGGAUUCACUGUUGACGACCUCGGUUGUUGUCGCGUACUACGUCAUCCACUUUGGGGUCAUCGAGCUUUCACCGGAAUUAUCCUUACUGAUGCACCUCAAGAUCACCCAAUUUUGACUUCUAUGUUAACCACCCCAGUAGUAGCUUCUUCCCUUACGCCAAUGGCCAUCUAA